UAAAAAGCGUUGUUCAAGUUGUUAAGUCCUUCUGAAGUCGGUUCCCGGUAGUGAAUUUUAAUCAGUUGGAUAAUUUCCAUUGCCAAAUACACCAAUAUAUAAAAAAAUGCUAGGAUUAUGUAAAAAUAUCGAGGGUGUAUUUAAAUUUGAAUACCGAAGACAGUUGCUGGCAUCAGCGUGUAUUACCAUAAUCACAUUUUGCCAUGGCUUUGGCUUGGGCUGGUUUUCAGUGAUAUUAGCUAAGUUGGAAUCGCCUACUGAAACAGAGCUAGAUUUUGUCAUUACUGUGAAUGAAGGAUCAUGGAUAGGUGGACUAAGUUCACUUGGUGGUGCGUGCGGCAAUAUCGUUUAUGGCAUUUUGGCCGAUUUCAUAGGGCGAAAAGCAAGCAAUUAUGUUCUAGCCAUACCAUACAUAGUUUCUUGGAUACUCAUUUAUUUUGCGAGCUCCGUGGAAUACUUAUAUGUGAGUCGCUUUCUUGCUGGUGUAACGGGUGGCGGCACUUAUGUCAUUAUACCGAUCUUCAUUGGUGAAAUAGCAGAACCUAAAAUACGCGGUCGUUUAACAUCGUUCUUCUCUCUAACCCUGUACAGUGGAAUAUUUAUUGGUUACAUAAUAACGUCGCGUGUGCCAUAUCAUUAUAUACCCAUACCGGGUGUAGCUAUACCCAUCAUUUACAUGGUGUUUCAACUAUUCUUCCCAGAAACCCCAAUGUACUUGCUGCAACGUGGUUCGUACGCACGCGCUAAGGAAUCCCUCAAAUUCUACCGCAAUUUCCAACCGACCACAAAAGAGAACUCUCAACAAUUUGAAAUUGUAUUCAAUGACUUGAAGAAUGCCGUAACAAGUAAUAAGAAUAAUAUGAACACUGUCACAUGGCGUGAUUUUUGUAAUCGAGAGGCUGUCAUUGCCUUUGGCAACGGUUUCGUGCUAAUGCUACUCAACGUUUUCUGCGGUGCCUACGGUAUACUCUAUUACACGUCCAGUGUUUUCGUACAAGCCCGCACCGAAAUGCAUCCGGACACUAAUACCAUCAUAGUAGGCUUGGUACAGGUUACUGGUGUAUAUACGGCGACAUUUUUGGUCGAUAGAUUUGGUCGCAGGCCAUUAAUGAUGUUUUCAUGCGCAGCUACAAGUAUAGGCAUGGCGACAUUUGGAUUGUACGGUUAUCUGCUCCAAAACACUACUGUUGAUGUAUCAGCAGUCCGUUCAUGGCUGCCGCUAGUGAAUGCUUGUUUCAUUAUGUUUGUGGCCAAUUCGGGUCUCAUACCAAUACCAUUUGUCUUACUGGUAGAACUAAUGCCAGCAAAGAUACGAGCAAAGGCGGCAGCCAUUUGUUUGGUAAUAUUUAACAUAAUUGGAUUUGUUUUGAUGAAAAUGUUUCCAAUAUCUUUGGCUGCAUUCGGCCUAUCUGCGCCAAUGUGGCUGUUUGCCGUCACGUGCUUUCUUGGGCUAAUUUACAUAGCACUCUUCAUUAAAGAGACUAAGGGCAUGUCUCUUAAUAAAGUGGAACCGGAAGCUUGAUGUUUAUAUAAGUACAAAAAGGGUGUAAACCCAUCUGGACUCAUCGUACUUUAAUUAUAUUAUGAGUGAUGAAACUUAGUAUUAUGUAAGAUAGUAAUAAUUUUCCAAAGAAAGAAAUUCGAUUUUCAACUGAAA